CCAAAAUAGUUGUUGGUUCGCAUGCAAAACGUUAAAAUCGCAUUAGCUGAAAGACAUUUUUAUACCAACGGCGCGUUUUUAAUUUUUUCUACACUACAACACAAAAAAAAAUAUAUAAAAUAAAAUAGACAAAGUAGAUGGCAAAAAGUAAUGAAAAUUAUUAAAAUAAAAACAACGAGCAAAGCUAAACUAAACUUUUAACGUUCAAAUAAAUUCAAUGCGUAUACAUAAGUAUAAAUAAAUAAGCGCGUGAAUAUAUGAAUACAUAUAAUAAAUGAUAUUUCAAUAAUUUUCAAACAACAAAAAGGUUCGAGCAAUGUUCUAUUGAAAAAAGAAUAAGAUGUAUAGAUGUAAUCGAAAAAAGCAUGUCAAGCCGUCCUCUUUACAAAGAAUCAACCCUAAACUAAAGUAAACUACGACUUUUUAAAGUUAUAAACCUUGAAAAGGACUCACGAAUCGUUGGUAGAAUAGCUGAACAAGGCGUGACUUGUAUAUUGUGUGUGCGGGUGUACAUAAAGACGGAAAGUAUGUGAAACCGAGGCGCAGAAAUGGCCGCCCUCUUGCCUCUGGCCCACCUUUUGUGUCCGUGCGUGUGAAAUAAAACCAAAAAAAAAUAAAAAGAAACAAAAAACCAAAAAAAAAAAAAGAAACGUAUAAACGACUACUACAAUCAGCGACAAUGGAAUAGCGAUUCAAUGUCACAGUCGGGGAGAUACAGAUACGGAUACCCAUAUACAUAUACCCACACCCACUUGUAUGUGUAGAGAAAAGCCAUAGCCGCAGAUUAGUGAGCCAGUUCCAAGGGGCCGACAACGAAAAAGCGAAGACGACGACAAUCAACAUUCAUCAUACGCACCGUCGGACGCGGCGCAAAACGCAAAUGCAGCCCCCGAUCGAUCGAUUUUUGAUUUUGUAUCCCCAUCAUCACCACCACCACUACCACCACAACUACAACAACAACAACAACAACCAGUACAAGCACCAACAACAACAUCAACAACAACAAGAACCUCAUCGACGGCGUCAAUUGCGACGAUGGCUGCCAUAAAUACGGUACCAAAGAGCAUCCACCUGCCAUUGACAACUCUCAGCAGCGCGCCGCGCGUGUUGAUGUGCAGCGCAUCCGUGGGCACCGAAGGAUCCGUGACUCUGCAACUGCGGGAUGCGAACGCCUUGGAGGCAGCGGCCACAAAAGCAGCAUCAUCCGCAUCAGCAUCAGCAUCAGCAUCAGCGGCAGUCUCAUCCACUACGUCACCGAAUGGCGCGGCAAGUGCGCCAGCGUCGACGCUAGAGAAUGCGCUGAACAUCGGCUAUCCGGAUCCGGAAAUGUUGGCAGAUGUCUUGGGCACCAUUCAGACAGCCUCUCUUAAGAACAACAACUCAAUCACAACAGCAACUUCAAGCAAUAGCUCAGCCAAGUCGGCGGGCAGCAAUCAUCUAGCGAACCCCAACAAGAUAACCAUAACCAGGCGCAGUGUCCAGUCGGUCAGCACCUCGACGAACACGAGCAUUGUGAGCAGCAGCAACAAGACCAACACCAGCUAUAUCAAGAACUGCUUGAUUCGCAGUAGCAGCUGCAGCAACACGGUCACCAAUGUCACCACAUUGGCGCAGAUUAUGAGCAACAGCAGCACGAGCAGCGCGGCCAGUUUACUCAAUCAGCACAAUAACAAUAGCAACUGCAGCAACAGCAGCAACUUCAGUACCGCCUCCUCGGUGGGCAGCAGCAUCAGUGUCGGCAGCAACAGCAGCAGCAGCAGCAGCAGCAACUGCAGCAACGGCAGCAACAGCAACAGCAACGACAGCAACAGCAGCAGCGGCGGUGGACACAGUUUGAGCUUCAAGAGCACCGGACGUCAUGUUCCCGCUGGGGGAUUAGGCUCAUCGGGGGCAUCCACAAAUGGUAGCGGUAGCGUUGGCGGUAUCGACAUCAUAAGCGUCGAGGCGCCGCGCAAGAAUCGCCCCAAAUUAUCCUCGCCAACGCGUCACGGACCGCAGCAGUGUCAGAUUUGUUGCAAGAUCUUUGGAAAUGCCUCGGCGCUGGCCAAGCACAAACUGACGCACAGCGACGAGCGGAAAUACAUCUGUGCGCUCUGCUCGAAGGCAUUCAAGCGGCAAGAUCACUUAAACGGACACAUGAUGACCCAUCGGAAUAAGAAGCCUUACGAGUGUAAGGCGGAUGGUUGUGGCAAAUCCUACUGCGAUGCCAGAUCCCUAAGGCGCCACUCGGAAAACCACCAUGCCAACGGAGCAGCCACGCCCACCACCAGCCAAUCGCUGUCGCCCACCGCCAGUACGAGCAGCAGUAGUGGCGCAGGGGUGGCCACCAGCUCCCUGAGUCUCUCGCCGGCCACGGCCAGCGGGGAUGCCAGCUCCCCGGACGGAGCCACCUGCAUUCGCACCUACAUUUCCACGGGCAGCUCGGUGGUGGACGCGGCCACUGGGAUCGCCCUGUCGGAGGAGCAGAUCAAGGCCAUGAACCUGCCCAUCAAGACGGGCGUGACCCUGCUGUCGCCCACCACUUCGACCUCCUCGAAUGCCUCCUCCACGGCCUCGUCCGCCAGCUCUUCGCUUUCCUCAGCGGGAUCGGGGUCGGUGUCGGGAUCGGGCUCCGGAUCGAUUUCGGUACCAGUUUCCAUGGCCCCCUCACCAUCGAGUGGCUCUUUAAUAGCCGCCAGCUCACCCACCAUCACCAUGAGUGAUGGCAUGAAUCUCGAGGGCGAGGGCCUGACCCGCGAGCAGUUGGAUCUCAUCAGCAAGAUUAUGCAGCAAACGAAGCAGACUAGUGCCCAGGUCACCGUCUCCUCACCCACCAGUGUCAGCUCCUACAAGAUCAACACCAACUCGUCGCCAUCGCAGAACAGACCGCGCACCUGGAACAUGCAACUGGUAGGGCUAAAUAGUGCCCAGAAUGUGACCGUCACCGUGGAGGACAACUCAGAGCUCGCGCCUCCCUCCUCCAACUCACCCGUGGAGGUCAAGGAGGAGGAGCUGAGCCCACAGAUGGUGAGCAACAUGAAUCCCCACCUGCUCAACAUCGUCAAGCUCGACAAGCCGGUCGAGUGCAAUCUAUGUCACCGCAAGUUCAAAAACAUACCCGCCCUCAAUGGGCACAUGCGUCUGCAUGGCGGCUACUACAAGAAGGAUCCGGAAACGAAGCGCAGCGAGAAGAAAGACUCCAGUGGUCCACCGCUGCAGACGGCGAGCAUUGGGGUGCGAGCCCUUAUAGAGGAGAAGAUCAUAAGCAAGCGGAAGGAUAUGACUAAGGGCUCCUUUGUGGUUCCGGCACCACCGCACAGCAGUGGCACCACCACCACCCUGCGUCGAUCGAUCAGCGACCUGGAGAGCUUCCUCAACCCGAAGACGAGCACCAGCAGUCACACCCAGACAAUGACCACCAGUACGGGCACCACCACAGCUGUUCUCCCAGCGGCCACGACCAUCAAGAGCAGCAGUGGACUCAGUAUCCAGCAGAUUGGCCUGCCCCAGAGCAUCGAAAUCUUCAGCGGAGGUCAGAAGCAGGCGAAGACCCUGAAUCUGGGGACUGGUACCAACACGAUAACCAUAACCACCAACAAUGUACCCACCACCACGACGAUGAGUGCUCUGACUGCUUUGAAGGCCGGAGGCACCAUCAGUGGCAUUUCCACGGCCACCAACACGGAUCCCAAGGAUUCCACCCUGAUCGAGCUGCUCAAGCGGGGCACUCGCAUUGCGGUCACCUCGAAGAAGGCUCAAUCCCAGGGCCAAACGGACUCGGGUAUAAUGAUGACCUCCAGUGGAAGCAGCGGUGCGGUUACCGAGUUGACCACCAUUGGUGGAACGGGCAGUGUGCAGACGGUUGGUCGGCAGAUCAUCACCAACAACAAUCGCACAGUGAUCAUACCCUCCGAUGUCCAGGUGGUGUCCACCAAAAGCAAGCUGAGCACUUUGAGUAGUCUGGUCAAGGGCCACAUCACCAGUAGUGGCACUUGCUCCUCCGGAAACCUUUCGCUGGCCGAUGGAACGCCACUCUCGCUGACCAUUGCUCCCAAUCAAGAGGUCUCUGGUGGAGGCGGAGGAGGAGCUGGAGAAAGUGGAAGUGUGAUCACAAGCGGAGGUGGCGGAGUCUACACGGUGACCUACACCAGCGAUGGCAGUGAUCUCUUCGAUGAUGCCGAGGUGUAUAGCGUUUCGGACACCGAGAUGCUCCUCCAGACGGUGGACUCCAUGGAGCUGCUCAACGACGAGGAGAUCAAGAGCGAACAUUCCGAGGACUUUGCCAUGCUGAGCGAAGCUGGCGACAGUGCGCACACCCAGCUGGUCAAACUGGAGCCGGAAAGUGGGCAAGCCAACUCUCGAUCUGGAAACGGAUCCAUUUCCGGUACGAAUACCACGCCGUUGCCCACCUUCCAGCAAUUCCAUUCCAAGGAGCUGAUCAUGCAGAACAGUUCGCAGAUCCAGGCGAUAGCCAGCAUGCGAGGAAGUGGAAAUGGAACUGGUGUCCUGGCCUCGCCGCUCCACUCGCCCCUGGCCUAUCCAACACCCCCCUCGAGUCACGAGAAUAUGGCCCAGAGUUCGCCGUUUAUCGAGGAUGCAGCUGCCCAGUUUGUGGAUGCCAGCAACACCUUCUUCGGCGACAAGACGGACUUCUCGCACAUUUACUUCAAGACGGAUGAGGGCGAAGCCACCAUUGAGCAGCUGAAUGAGCACGACAACGAGAAGAUCCUCAAACUGAAGUCGGUGCUGGAGGAGAGCAGUUUCGAUCCCUCCAUCAAGGUGGAGGAUCUACUGAAUGGCACGGACGAUGACACCGAGUGUGAUCUGCGGGAGUUUGCGGAGACGAACCUGUCGUUCCUGGACGAGGAUCAGGAGUUCCUCAACGACUCGCGGAAUGCCACCUCUCCGCUCUCCGAGUCCUUCUUCACCAGCGGCAUUGGCUCUGCGGAGGAUGUGAAGCAGGUGCUGAGGGAAGUUCUGCCCGAUGAGAAUAUGCAGCUCCAGUUGAGCAGUGAGCAGCAGGGCGAGAACAUCAUCGAUCUCUAUUAUCUGCCCGGCUUGGGCCUGCAGUCCCAGAUGAUGCCCAAUUCGGAGGACCCCCUGCUCUCCUCUUCACCUAGGGAAUUUGGCCAGCAAAGGCAGCAGAUGGCUCUGCAGCAACCGCUGGAGCAGGCACUUCAGGGCAACAUUAUCUACCAGCAGCCGCAGCAGCAAGAGCAGCAGCAACAGGAGUCACAACAACAACAGCAACAUCAGCAGCAGCAACAGCAAUCGCAGCAGGAGCAACCACAACAACAGCAACAUCAGCAAUUGCUGCUGCCCCAGCAACCACUCAAUCAAACGGAAUCCCUGCCAGCGGUGGGUCAGCAGCAGGGUGACUUCAUGUUGCCCCUGGUGGGUGGCCAUGGAUUCACUCAAGUCACCAGCCAAACCCAGUACAUGGACACAAGCCAGGGGUCAGGGGUCAUGGGAAUGCAGCCUCUAAACAGCCUGCUCCAACCACUGCUUUAUGGUGGUGGGGCAACCUCUUCCAAUGGCAACGCCUCAGCCGGGGGCAAUGAACCCGCUCUGCUCACCACGGAUUGCCAAAUGAAUGCCAAUCAAGGCCAACUCGAUGCGGGCCUGCUGUUUGCCUGUGGCAAUACGACAACAACCAUGGCGAACAAGUCCCUGCCCGGUCUCCUGCAGAACCCUCCGCCUAGUAUGACCAAUCUACAGCCGCUGUCAAACCAAACCAAUUCCAUACUGAAGCGCCGCCUGCGCUCCAAUGCCCCCCAGGAGACGCACAAGUUCUCCAAGUUCCACACCCUGUCACCGCAUCGAUCCAAGCUGCGCAAGCCAUCCCGCACCCACUAUACGCCCGCACCCAUCCUGAAUCCGGAUCGCAAGGGCACCGGGCUGUACAGCAAUGUACGCAAGCAAUUGGGUCAGGGUCUGUUCGACGCCUUCGACGAUGACUUCGGGGACUCGGUGGGCCUGGUGGACUUCUCCGAUGAGUCCAAGGUUAAUUUGGGUUCGACCUAUCAGGCGCAGAUACCCAGCUGCCGGCCAUUUGAUGAGGCAUCGAGGGACCCGCCGGUCGCCGAGCUGAUGUGGAAUCCAGAGGUGCAGGAGGAUGACAAGAUCCUGAUGCGCUACAUUGAUCUCAGCAAGUCGUCGGCCGUGCCCAUGGGCAGUCAUUCCGAGGAGGUGGCGCUCCAAACGCUGCUCAAGGCCCAAGGUAACUCGGCAGCGGCGGUGCUCAGCCUACUGCAAACGCAAUCCGGCGCCUUCCAGAUGAAGUGGACCGCCUACGAGCUGGAGCAGUUCUUGCGAGGAUUGGAGAAGCACGGCAAGGACUUUGGCAAGAUUGCCAGUGAGCUGCAGACAAAAUCCUCCGGCGAUUGUGUGCAAAUGUACUACUUCUGGAAGAAGCUGUGCGUGGACUACAAGGUGUCGCACUUGAAGAUGGAGCCCGUGGUCGUCAUUACUCCGGCUGUGGAGAAGCCCUACGUCUGCGAGAUCGCCGAUUGCUCAGCGAGCUUCAGUUCGAAAGCAGCGCUGCACGGCCAUGUCCGCAUACACGCUUAUGGCCGCAGUGCCAGCAGCAACACCAACAACAGCAGCAGCACCAGCAGCGGCAACAUGCAACAUGCCACGGCAAAUAGUGCCAAUUCCACCAGCAGCAGCAGCAGCAGCAACACCAAUAGCAACUACGCAUGCGCAACACUAACCAACAGCAGCAGCAACAGCAAUUGCAAUAACCCAACCAGCAAUGCCACGCCAGCAGCAGCAGCAGCACAAGCCAGCAACAUGGGUCAAAACGGCAGCAAUUGCAAUACCAAUCCAAAUGCAACGACAGCAACAUCGUCUGCGCUUUCGGCCACACCCAAAUUGGAAACGGGCAUGGGCAACAAUACUCUGCCAAUUGCCAAGGAGGGCGAGUUCCCCUGCAAGGUGUGCGGCAAGGUCUUCAAUAAGGUGAAGAGUCGCAGUGCGCACAUGAAGACGCACCGCGUCCAGGAACCGGAUCAAAAACACCAGCUGAACCAUCAGGCUGGACCAUCAGGAUUGACCACCGUCGCCUCAUCAACCAUCACCGCCCCUUCGUAGGGACCGAUCGAGGAGGAUUGAUCGAUGUGGAUAAGGAAUCAAUAAGGCGUAUAUAGCAAACAAACAAAAAUCGAUUGACAAUCGCAUUAAGCAAGCAGCAAGCAUUGUUUACCACUGUUAGAAUUUAUGCUUAGACGAAUUUGAGUCUAAAAAUCAAUGUCACGUGUACGUAGUAGUUAAAGGCAUUUCUUCACUAGGUCUAUCUCUAUCUCUAUACUUCUCUCUACCAAUCACUUCUCUAUCUAUACCCUAAGUAGGAAAUCACUGCGACUCGCUCUAGUUUGUAAGUCUAGCCAAAGAUUGGUAAAAAGUUCAAAUUGAAUUGUUAUUGACUAUUGUAGGCAAGUGCAAUAUUUAUGUUGAAGUAAUAUGAAAUUCGAAUAUGUAAAUGUAUACCUACCGUUUUUUAUAGUAGGCGUUUAUUCUGCUCGACUCGACUGUAGAUGUACUCUAAAACUAUACUACAACUACGGCUAAAGCUAAGGCGAAAUCCCGAUCUAUGAUAAAAUACUAGUGCAUAAUUACUGUUAACUACAAGUUUUUCUACUCAAAUACUCGUACAUAGUUGCAACACACUACACUGAUACUUUACUAGGGCGAUAAAUGUCUAGGGCGUAAGAGAAUCUCUAUAUAUACAUAUAUAUAUACUUGAUAUAUAAUUACAUGCCUAGGUGUACGAUGUAUGCGAUAUAUGAUUGUUGUUCUAGUUCUAACGACGCAAGUCAGCAACUCCGAGUAGUUGAAGUUUUACUUAGAUUGUACUUACCUACCUACAAACCUAAACUAUUAAACUAUGGCUCAGAAACCGAAAGCCCAAGAGAAAAUCUAGUGAAAUCAAGUGAUAUUGAGUGAGAUCAAAAACGAUUUUAGCUAAACGUGAACAAAAUUCAAUGCACACCAAUGUAAAUGGAAGUUGAGAAAAGUUUUAACUUUACUUUUAACGCAAAGUUGUAGGUUGUAAGACACUGUAAAUAUGAGUCUAGCAAAGUAGCCGAUAAGGAAGGAUAUCUUUCAAAUUUCUCCAAAACGCAUAAAAGACAUUAAUCUAUUUAUAAUUCUAGAAUCCCUUGCCCCUGACCGACCCCCACCCUCCCAAAAAAAAAAAACAACAAAAAAACAAGAAACACAGACAACGAGGGUUCAAACUCUGAACUUUGAACCCCAAGAAACACACACACACACACUCUCAGUGCAGUUUUAUAUAGGCCUAGGAUAUAUAUAGUAAUUAUAUACAAGCAUAUAUUAAAUUAAAUGGUACAACAGUAAAUCUGCCAAAAAUUUGAACAACAACAAGAAUCACACGUUUUCCAUUUGGACAGUGAGCUAAUGUACUACAACAAAUUGAUGAAUUGAUUCAACGUUUUUGAGGCCAAUGCCGGGUGGUAUGUUAUUGACAAUGGCGUAACUUAAUCUAGUUUAAUGUAAACCAAUACAUGCAGGGCUAAAAGCAAAACCGAAACCUAAUUAAAUACUCACGUUUAGUCUAAUACCUUCAGCCCCUUUCCACUCGCCAUCCCCCCCCCCCCGCAGAUCCGGACAGAAAUUUGGAAGAUGGGAACUAUUAGCGAUUCUUAUGGUUGUAUUCGCCAGCUGUGUGCAUGUGACCUUUUCUCAUCGUACAACACAGAACACUACGAAUCAGGUGCUGUAAAUACAAAAUAAAGUAAAGAAGAGAGAGAUAUACAAAUCACCCCGACGUAGAAAACUUCUAUCAACCUGCUGUUCCAUUUCCCCGGACUUGGGUUCGCAAUAGCAUUAGUAAUCAUAAAAUAGUCAUAGAUUUAGUUGACGGACAACAUAAUUCUUGCAUAUUUUCGGUGUUAUAUACAAUAAGCGUAAGCAGAUAUACAUUAAAAGCAAAUACAGCUACAGCAGCCCACCAUAAAACACCUUCGAUAACUGUUUGUUGUGGGCCCUCAGAGCCGUUUAAAGACUUUCUCGCGUACAAAUACCUACAAACCCGAACACCUAUCAUCUUCCCAUCUGUAAUGGCCAUCCUUUGUUGUGUGCAUUUUCUCUACAAGUCUUCCGUUUCCAUUUCCGUUUCCGCCUGAUUUCGUCCAACUGUACUGUUCGAUUCUGUUCUAUGCUCAAAUGCCUUCAAGCGUAUAUAAGUCUUAAGUAUUAUUAAAUAAAGUAUCCACAAAUGAGUGUUUAUCCUUAAGUAAGUGUUCAAAUCUAGGCUAACGCUAGUUUAAGUUGACAUGUGUGUGCACUUUGUUGCUUUUCAAAAAAGUUUCCUAAAGACAAAAUACGGUUAAAUGUAAUUUUAGGCUUCUGCUCGAAUGUCUAGUCAAAUGCAGUAGUUAUUUUAUCGCCUAAUUUAUUUAUAUUUUAUUUUAAGUUUUAUUUACUGUGCCAAAAUGUUUAUCGUUUACCAAUUAAAUGAUUUUAACUGUUUCAUUUUUCAUAUGGACUUCUUUAGUUUUUAUUUUCCUAGAUAAACGAGUGACAAAAAUAGUAAAGGACAAUCUGUGACAUUGAGUACUACUUCCCUAUACGUUACCAUGCGAUAAUUUCCGAAAUCAUCUGCGAGGACUCAGCGUCAGCGUUUCCUCCCCACUCACUUUAUUCGAAAACUCUGCGUUGUGAUUGUUCAUUAAGCGAAUGUAAAGAUAAACUGUAUUUAUGCAAUACAAAUACGUAUUUUAGAAUAAUCUGUACAUAGAUGGUGGCCCACGCGGCCCCAGCUUCCUCAAAAGCCAAACUAAUUCUAGCUCAAACGUCGAAUUCACUCGAAUCAUCAGUAUAUACAAUUUGCAUUCCAAUUCCAAAAGAAACUAUAUAGUUGCAUGAGUGGUUUACUUCUUCUCAGCAUCUGUUUGCAAUAUUUUGUAAAUCGUACAGAUAUACACAUACUACCAUAAAUGUCAUACCGAAUGAGGGAAAACCGAAUAUUAAAUUUAGCAAACGCAACAGAAUUACUUCGAAAUACAAUACAAAACCUUUUGAAAUUGAAAACGAUUGAUAAUAGCUAUUAGACAUAUCAAUUUUAUUUAACACGAAUUGAGAGAUCCAUUCAAAAAUCAAUAUAUAUAUAUAUAUAUGUAUACAUAGUCCGUACACCUCAGUGUACACCAGUGCAUUAUUGCAUUCCUGUUUAGCCAGUAAGUGGACAUUUUAAGCGUCAUCGUAGUAUUUACAGGAUCUUCUGUGAGGCACCUCUUUCGAAUCUUUGCGCUAAAUGCGAAAUCUCAGAGUAUUUAGACUGACGAGUAAAAAAACAAUACGAAAUUAUGAGAUAUUAUUCUGGACAAAUUUAUUCCGAAAACCCUUCGCUUCUGUGCCAAACAACAAGAAUCUUGCGAGACAAACUUUACCGCUCAGUAUUAUCGAAAUGUCCGACCUCCGGAAAACUGAGGAAUGCGGUCGGGCGGCUCGGAUCCGCUAUGAUUAAGUACCAUAUACAAAGAACUACACAAAUCUACGAUGUAAGUUUUAACUGUAAUAUGCAAAGAAAAACUUUUAUAAAGAAGCAAACUGUUACUUUAUGGCAUUUAGUUGAGAUGCUGUAACCUCUUGUUGAUCGUAAAUUGUACGUAGCAUGUAAUAACAAUUUAACUCGCAGACACCUACACUCGAAUACAGCAUGGAAAAAAUAUAAAUGUAUUUAUACAGUGCUAAUAUUAAUAUUCUGAUAUGAACGAAUAUUUUAUGGUACAUCUAUAUAUGUACAUAAUAAGAGUAAAUGUAAACUUAAAUGUUUUCAUGGUUGUAAACUGAUGAUCAAAAAUAGAUUUAAAGAAUUUUACAUGCUUUCAUUUAACGCAGAAUCACUUCGACCUUGCUUUACACUUUUUGGUACCUAAUAAUAUUUAAUACUAACGUCACAUAUAAUGCAUUUCUUUCAACGAAAACAGACACGUCUCCUUCGUUAAAACAUCAUUCAUUGUUUUUACCAGACUUACAAUCUCACAAACGAUGCAAUGGAUAAGCGAAAUAUUUUCUGAACAUCACACACUUUGAUAAGAAAUGAUCAACGUAAAGGAUAUUAAAAAAAAAAUCAUGAAUAUUCCCUCCAAAUAAUUUUUUAAAAAUUACAUAUUUGCUAAAAGUCAAAUCUCUGAUAACUGUAAUGAAAGACGACAGUGGGAGUAAUGGUUCUUAGGGACUUUAGCAUACUGAGAAGGGAAAACUGUCUAUAAUGGAGAAAUACUGUAUUUAGCAUGAUGUUACCAGUUACAUUUAACGUAAUUACAAUUACAAUGAUUAUUGUGUAUUGCAUGUGUAUGUGAAGUGUAUGUAAUUACAAGUAAACUUUAAAAACAAAACAAAACAAAAGUGGAAAGAGAAACUAUGGCACACAUUUGCCAUUUAAUAGUAGUCAAUUCUUCAAAACGCAUUAGGUUAAGUGUGAGGACAGCAUGAUGAUAUAUGGACACUAUUUUCUAAACGUAUUACAACAAUAAUUUAUGAAUUUGUUGGUAAUUUUAUACAUAUAUAUACACAGUUACUUUUGUUAGCUAGCAAAACGACAACGACAACUUAGGUAGCGACGAGGUAGAUAAACUUUAUGAAUGUUGUACCCAAAGCCCACGCCCCGGACACCCGCGAGAGCACACUGUACAGGCACGAACCUCACGGCGGGACGGGUUCCGGGAGUCUAGAUCCCGGAGCAUGUCCUCGCGCAUCCUACCAAGCUAGUUAGGUCCGCGUCCCUUAUAACACGAUUUUCCUCAUAGACACUCUACACACUCCACACACUCCACACUCACUGAUUACAAUCUCUGUUGGAUCUGUUGUACUCUGCCAUUUUUGGUGUGAUAUUCUAUUGGUUGUGGCGGUUAUUUUUAAGCCGCUUUACACAUUGUUGCAUUUCUACUAAUCGUAACUGGCCUAAACUGGGUCGGAAAAUGACGAAAAAUAAAUACAGAAA